GUGAAAAUCAAGAAGCCGAUCAAGACCAAGUUCCGCAUGCCGGUGUUCAACUGGGUCGCCCUCAAACCCAACCAGAUCAAUGGGACGGUCUUCAACGAAAUAGAUGACGAAAGGAUCCUGGAGGAUUUAAACGUGGAUGAAUUUGAAGAAAUAUUCAAAACAAAAGCCCAAGGUCCAGCCAUUGAUCUUACUUCAAGCAAGCAAAAGACAACUCAGAAAGGGUCAAACAAAGUCACGUUACUGGAUGCCAACAGGGCCAAAAAUCUUGCCAUUACUUUAAGAAAAGCUGGAAAGACGGCAGAUGAAAUAUGCAAAGCUAUUCACGUGUUUGACCUGAAAACGUUGCCGGUGGACUUUGUUGAAUGCCUCAUGCGGUUCCUGCCCACUGAGAACGAAGUGAAAGUGCUGCGGCUCUACGAGCGGGAAAGGAAACCCAUCGAGAACCUGUCCGACGAAGACCGGUUCAUGAUGCAGUUCAGCAAGAUUGAGAGGCUGAUGCAGAAGAUGACCAUCAUGGCGUUUAUAGGCAACUUUGCAGAAAGCAUCCAGAUGCUGACCCCGCAACUUCACGCAAUAAUAGCUGCGUCUGUCUCAAUAAAGUCAUCCCAAAAGCUUAAGAAAAUACUGGAGAUAAUUUUGGCUCUUGGAAACUACAUGAACAGCAGUAAGCGAGGAGCUGUGUAUGGAUUUAAGCUACAGAGUUUAGACCUGCUCCUAGAAACAAAGUCAACAGACCGAAAGCAGACCCUGCUGCACUAUAUUUCAAAUGUGGUCAAGGAGAAGUACCAGCACGUAUCCCUCUUUUACAACGAACUUCAUUACGUGGAGAAGGCUGCUGCAGUGUCUCUUGAAAACGUCCUCUUGGACGUGAAGGAGCUGCAGAGGGGCCUGGAUCUGACGAAGCGUGAGUACACCAUGCAUGACCACAACACGAUGCUGAAGGAGUUCAUUCAGAACAACGAAGGGAAGCUAAAGAAACUGCAGGACGACGCCAAAAUAGCCCAGGAUGCCUUUGAUGAUGCUGUGAAGUACUUCGGGGAGAAUCCCAAGACGACACCCCCCUCGGUCUUUUUCCCAGUGUUUGUCCGGUUCGUGAAGGCCUACAAGCAAGCAGAAGAAGAGAAUGAGUUGAGAAAAAAGCAGGAACAGGCCUUAAUGGAAAAACUUAUGGAGCAAGAAGCAUUGAUGGAGCAACAGGACCAAAAG